AUGAUGCUAUCGCGACCUUUCCUUUAUCUCCUCACUCUUGCCUUGGCAUCUAACGCUUUCAAGUCCCAUAUUCUGCAAGCCAGGCAUCAACACAACGUCGUCGCUCUUCAAGCUAGGUGUGCUCCAGGGCCUCACCGUUCCCCUGCUGAAUCACUGGAGGUCCCGCCGUCUAUCCCUGAUGACCCCACGGAAUCCAGCCCGAGCUCCGACCGCACUGUUACGAUCGCAUCUGACAACGCUCCUCUCAGCGACGGUGGAGUUGGGGACGAUGACGGCGGAGAUGGGGACGGAGAGCCUAGUUCAGGCGAAGGCCCCUCCGAUCCUUCAGGUAGCUUGGUCGAAGAUCGUGACUCGGACCCUUUGAUCUCUGCCAAAUCCGUAGCAUCACUUACUCCCAAUGGCAUCAAAGCCGGUAUCGCUGGUGGAGAUGCCUAUCCUUAUCUCAAGGACCACAUCGGCUGGUGGUAUGACUGGUCCCCUAACCCUUCCAAGCCAGGCAGGCCAAUUGCGGUUCCGAUGCUCUGGGGAGGUGGUACCGCAGAUGCCCAAGACGCCGCCCGUCUCGCCGCUUUCAAGAAGAUCAAGAACGUUCCUCGAUAUGUCCUUGGCUUCGAAGAGCCGGACUGCCCACCAGGCUCAGGCUCAGCGGGGAUGUCAGUAGACGCAGCAGUGUCAAAAUGGGAGGCAUACAUCGCUCCAAUGAAGCAGAAGGGUGCUUUAUUGGUGAGCCCAUCGAUGUGCAAGCAAGCGGACGAAACCUGGCUCGCGGAAUUUCAGAAAAAGAUUAGAACGCCGUGGGAUAUCACUGCCAUCCACGUCAACAAGAAUAACCUAGCAGGCGUGAAGAAGGACAUUGACCAUUACCUUCGUUACGGCAAACCUAUAUGGGUAACUGAGUUUGCUUGCGUGAAUGAUAACCCCAAUUUCGUUCCGUGCACCAACCAAGCCGAAAUUGACCGUUUCAUCAAUGAGAUCGUUCCUUAUCUCGAGCGCCACCCAAAGGUAUACGCCUACGCGUACAGCAACGGACUGGGAUUAGGAAACAAGUGGCCCUUAACUACUCCCGGAGACAAUAAAUUAACCCCAUCCGGGAGGACAUACCUUGCUGCCAUCAGCAAGUUCCACUGA